AUGAAGCCCAUCCAAUUCAUCUCCACUGCCCUUUUCCUUGCAGCCCUCACUGCGGCUGGCCCGCUACGGCGUGAUGGCUCUGGCAGAUACCUCCCAAGAGAUGUGCCAUUCUCCAAUUCCACUAUUCAGGUUCAGAAAGACGCUGGGGGCAUCACUGCGAUAACGCCAGUAAAUACCCACUCGACUUCCGCUACGCCGUCCACCAGCAUACCAGAGCCAACAUCGGACUCGGAUAGCACGACGUCUAGCUCGCAAUCUCAAACUUCGACAAAGUCGCCGUCACCCAUAACUGUUAUCCCCCCAGCAUUUUUGAACUCCACUACAACAGCGGACUCUCAAGGCCCAGCUACCACCACAGAGAGUGCUACCUUGAGUACUACCUCGAGUGCAGCUACAGAAAGCCCAGUAGCUUCCCAAGCUAUUCCUGGACUCGACAGUACCACUUCACCACUCACUACCGCCAGGGGAACGACGACAUCGGAUUCAGGUCCCCUAGUGGCAUCCAAUUCUCCAAGCACUUCACCAUCAUCUAGUCUAGGGUUAUCUUCCACUGUCGCUUCAGUUGCGGAGCCUUCGCCGCAGGUCGGCAGUUCCUCCUUUUCAUCAACAUCGUCAAGCUCUAUACCCAGAUUCACACUUAGUAAUACGGACGAGAUCCCUACAUUAACGGGCACACCUAGCGCAGCAGUCACAGUGUCAACCUCUACCAGCAAUACGGACGAGAUCCCUACAUCAACGGACACAUCCAGCGCAGCAGUCACUGUGCCAACCGCUACCGAAGAGCAAUCCUCGCAGACUUCUCCGUCAGGAAAGUCGACCACAUCCAUUACGGUAUUCUUCACGCCCCCUGUAUCAACAGCGGCAACAGCGAAGCCACCAUCCCCGGAUUCAUCAGCCGCACCAUCUUCACGUUCACAGCAGGUGACAUCCAAUCCACCAGCCAGCAUCUCCGAUGUCCCCACCAUGAUCCCAACCACCAUCCCGGUCCCAACGUCGAGCCUCUCUCCUACAGACCGCAGCAAAAACCUCGCCGAAGCAGAAGGCUACAACAACUUAUUUUCCGGCUUGAAUUUCUCUUCCCCUUGCACACCCGGACAAAUCGCUUGCAUAGACGGAAGUGUAGGGAAGUGCAACUCUGCUGGUAGCUUCGUAAUAACCGUCUGUGGGGAAGGCGAACAAUGCUUCGCCUUGCCGAUGACCAGCACGCGGGGCGUUUACGUGGGUUGCGAUAACAGUGAUAAAGCCAAGAGUAUCUUGGCUGGGGACGCUACUCCGAGUACAACGGCUCAGGUUGGGAAUACAUCUCCUACACCGUCAGCAGUCGCAGCUACCUCCGCAGUUCCAGUUCCAGAAUCUCCGGUCGAGGGUCAAACGACUGUUGUUCUCAGCACGAGGAAACCAAGCGCUACUGCUUCUCAAGCCGUACCUCUAUCCGUCACUCCCCUCGCGACAUCUAAUGCCCCCAAGCCCGCAUCACAGUCGCCCGAAGCUGCCCCAUCACCAGCUCCAUCACCAGCUGCGGCCGAGCCACCCUCAGCCGUGACUGUUCCAACUGGCAGCCCUGCACCAUUACAACAGCCAGCACCAACACAACAGCCAGCACCAGCACAACAGCCAGAAGCCACACAACAACCAGCCCCAGGGUCAGAAAAGACCUCCACGAUCCUCCCCUCUGGCGCAGCAACCCAACAAGCUACGGUAACCGUCACGUUGCGCAUCACCGAAACACUCCCAGCCUCCACCGUAACUGUCAAAGAAACGGUGACAGUACCCGCUGGACCAGCUUCAGUGCCACAAAGUAUUGUGAUUAUCCCUGUGCCGCACAAUACCAAAGUUGCCGAGCCAGGGAACUAA